AUGACUCACGGUGAGAGUGCCUUUACAGAUAACUUCAGCACUGUGCCCAGUACUUCGCAGACAUCAAAUGACAGAAUGGCUCUUGCAAAGAAGACCGAAUUUCUUCGGAAAGCUGAGCAUCUAAGAAAACUGUUUGAAAAACUCGAGAAAGAAAGGUCUCUGAAUAUUCGCGACAGAAGGAAUAAUUUCAGAGAUUGUUUUUCUGUCGUAGAGGAGUAUGAUAAUAAGCUCCAGAGUGAACUGAAGACAGAAAUCCUGAGAAUCCAACAGCAACUGCAGAAAAUAAGGAACAGUGUUUACAGAUUUCAAGGACAUCUUACAGAUGUGAAACCAUCCCCUGAGUUGAUCGAAAAAUUAAAAGACAUCAUGACUGAAGUUGAAAACUCCAUUAACACUUUCAAAGAAGAUCAGCAUCAAAAGUUUGAGGGGCUCUUAAAAGAAGAAAGAUCUUGCUGGCAAGAGAUCGGCGCUUUUGAGAAGAAGAUUGAGACGUGGUCAUUGUCUGCAAAUCCAGAUCCAAAGCUGCCGUCUGCUCCCUCGGCAAAGAGGUCUGUGGGCGGAAACAGCGGUGAAGAGCUUCCUCCGGAGGUGUCUGCACUGGAAGCCUUUCUGCAGCAGACAGGAGGAAUUCUGGGUGGCUGGGAUCGGUAUGAUCACCAGAGCUUUAUGAAAAUCUGGAACAAACAUGGUGGGAAAGCAUCGUAUCGAGAAGAAGCACAGCUGUUCUUACCAGGCAGAACAGAAGAGGAGAUCAGACAGCAUGAGGAGUGGUACCUAAAACUCUGCUGUCUCCAAGAGCGGAAGAGAGAGGCCAUACAAAAUUGGAGGUUGGCGAAACAGCGAGAAAAGAGUACACGACUGCGACAGCGAGACGAGGCCGAGGAGGCCAGGAGGAGGGAGCAGGUAGAGGUGGCGGAGGUGCAACGCCGCAGGCUGGAGGAGCGGCAAAGGGAGGCAAAGGAACAUUUGCAGGCCUGGAAGAAUCAGCAGAAACUCCAGCAAGAGCAGGAGGAGUUGCAGAGACUGAGGGAGGAGGUGCUUCAGAGGAAAAAGGAUAAGGAGGAGAGGAGGAGACAGCUGGAAGUGAAGCUGGCUGUCGAAGCCCAGGUUCAACAGAGGAGGGAACAGGAGCAGCGACUCCUGCUGGAGAAAGAGUCUCAGGAGAGGGCAGAAAUGGAAGAGAGAAGGAGACUGGCAACUGUGCACAUCAGACACUUCCAGGAAAGAGAUUUACACAAGCUGGGGACAAAACUGCUGGAGAAACAAAGUAAAGAAGGGGAGAAGUUGGAAAGACAAAAGAGGCUGGCUAAGCUUAAAGAGAGGGUGGAAGUCCACAUUAAACGAGACCCCUGUAGACUGUGGAAGCCCACAAAAGGGUGGGAGGAACGUACCAAAGAAAUUGGGCCAACAGGUGGAGGACCCGUUUAUCAGAUGUUCCACAGAGCUGUACCAACCUGGAGACAAGGUCUCUAA